GACAAGUUGAGGAAGGUGCUGGUGUGAGUCAGGAAGUGGUGACGUCAUGAGUUUACCUGACGGUUUCUCAGCAGACAUGUUGGACCUGGAAGAAGAAGACUUGGAGGUGUUUAGCAAGAAAAUGUCACUGAUGGAUGGGGUUUCAGUGCCUGAUACUCCCAGCUCACUGGUCAACCAGUACCACCUGGAUGAUGAUGAGGACCAGCAGAUCGGCAGCACCAAAGACUUGUUUGUUACCGUUGACAACCCAGAGAGUCACGUGACAGCUAUUGAGACUUUCAUCAUGUACAGAGUCCUGACCAAGACUACAAGAAGUGAGUUUGACUCGUAUGAGUAUGAGGUCUCCCGGCGCUACCAGGACUUUCUUUGGCUACGGAGCAGACUGGAAGAAUCCCAUCCAACCCUCAUUGUGCAUCCUCUGCCAGAGAAGUUUGUGAUGAAAGGCAUGGUGGAGCGCUUCAAUGAUGACUUCAUUGAGACCAGGAAGAACGCACUGCAUCGCUUUCUCAACAAGAUAGCAGAGCAUCCCAUCCUGUCCUUCAACCAGCACUUUCAAAUCUUUCUGACUGCCCAGGAUUUUCCAUCUCACAAGAAACAGGGCCCAGGCUUCCUGAGUCGAAUGAGCGAUACGGUACGGGCAGUGGCUAACUCGGUGCGUGGCCUCAAGAGCAGGCCGGAGGAGUUUACGCUGAUGCAGGAAUAUGUAGAAACCUUCAGCAACAAGAUCUCAUCUGUGGACAAAGUUUCUCAGAGGAUCAUCAAGGAGCAGCGAGAGUAUUUGGAUGAGCUCAAGCAGUGUGGCCCCGCCUACACCCAGUGGGCGGACAUAGAGGAGGACCUGGCCGAACCCCUGAACGUUGUUUCCAACUGUGUGGAGCAAUGUCGCAAAGAAACAGAAAAGCAGAUCCAUCAUCUGUCUGAGGUCCUGGUACCUGCUCUUCAUGAGUACGUGCUGUGUGCUGAAGUACUCAAGACUGUGAUGCGACGGAGAGACAACAUCCAGGCUGACUUUGAGACCCUGGCAUCCAAAAAGGCAGAGCAAGAAGCUGGUCAGCUACAGGAAGAAGUGGACGGGCUGGCGGAUCGGAUGGAAUUGGCCAACAAUGCGUUGAAGAGCGAUUGGACCUACUGGCAGAAGACUGUCAGAGGUGACCUCAAGUCAGCCUUCGUCUCAACAGCUGAGAAGAAUGUGGAAUGCUAUGAAAAGUGCCUUGCAGUGUGGGAAUCCUUCCUGUUGUCCCAAAGAAGAGAGGGGUUUGAGCAGAGAGAUGAUGAUUCCAUGUAGGAUGUGAAGGUGAUAUCAAGGUGAUACCUGAUCACAUUCUCUCUUGCAGUCUGGAUGCCUUCCCUUCUCAUAUGUUCACUCCCCAUCUUCAACAUGAUCACAAACACACACAGCCAUCCAGAUAUCCAUCCCCCUCAUCAAUCAAGAUUGCAAUAUUCAUUCAUACGCCUGUUAGUAUUUCUUUACAUGACAUAGUAUCACAUUUCCAAAACAAACAAGUCCUGUCAUUGUGCCAAAAAGGAUGUUGUCCUACUACAGUUGAGACGAUGUGCCAUCGCCUGCUUCCUUUAUUUAUGAUAUACUGUAUGUUGCUAUUAUGCUAUAGUUGGCAUGACGCGUGAUGAGCAACUUUUAGUAGUGAGAAGAAUACUACUUUUACACCACCUGUGUCAUUGUGUGAAGGCUAAUUGGAAUUGCACAUUUGCAUGACAGCAUUGUUACUGAAACAGAAAAGUUCUAGUCAAAGCAUUCCAACGUGACGACAUUUGGACUAACAAGAUUCCACAUUGCACAAAUUCACACUUUUUCACAAAUGACACAUUUUCCAAACACAGUCUUCAUCUUAUUGAUUCUUACAGUUUCAUCUUAUUGAUUCUUCCAACUUCAGCAUUUUUCAAAGAAUUGAAAGCAUGAAAACAUCCCCUCUUAACAAUUUUAUGCUUUCCAGCAAUUACCCGUUCACCCCUAAUUCCACAUUUUCCAUACGUUUUCUGCAUAAAUCGCACAUGAUGAAUUGUAUAAAUUCAAUUUGUGCAUAAAUUACAUAACUUGUCCAGUUAAUGAAUGGAUGGAAUAGUUGAUGAGUGUUUUUGUGGGACCUCAGGUGAUGCAUGGCAUUGCUAAAAUAUGUAGAAAAAUGCUCAUGGAAAGUUUGCAUGUCAAUGAAUGACGUCCUUGCUGCUUUCAUGCUUUUACACGAGGGAGUGUCAUUCAGCGAGGUUGUUGAGACAUACGGGGGAUUCAAAAGAGCUAGUAGCAGAAGUUGACACAAACGUUCUAUUUCUCUCUAAUAUAGUUGCUAAUGUUGUGUCUAAAUGUGUGUGAGUGAGCACAGAGACAAUCCAUCCACCUCAAAGGUGUGGCAUGCUGAUGACACAGCCUGCCUUCAGCUGGCCACACUAAAAAGUCUCCCCAU